GCUUUUCUUUAUUGCUGGAUUUAAUUUGGUUUUCCACAGAAUUAUAUUUCGAUUGUUGCACAAUUUACACAUGCAAUAGAAAUAAAAUAAAAAAUGUGCUUAUUUAUUUAAUAACAACAACACAACUAAACCAUCAAUAUUGAGAUCACUUCCUGAGACUUGGGUCCUGUUAGCCAUAUGAGCUGAGAAAAACUACUUUUGAGCAGUUUGUUCUCAUACCUCAGACAAGCUUAGAGGGGCGGUGCUGCCUCCUCUCCUCCUCCCAGCUUCUGGCUCUCGCAACCGGGAAGGCUGGCCCAGAAAUACUCAGAGGGGCGGGGGGCAAAGGGGGUGAGACAACGAGACAGGAAGACAGACCCAGAUCGAUGAGGCCGAGGUACAGAACCACCAUCGAACUUCGCCGCAGCAGUUUUCUCGCUUGUUUUUUGGUCUUCUUCCCACCUUUAAGCCUCAUUACGCGCACGGAUCCUCUUGCUCUCCAACCCAAGAAGAUGCCCAAAUCCUCACCUUGCGUAUCCCCAUGGUCCUCCCUGUGGCUGGCAUCUUUGGCUACUUUUGUGGUGCAGUCUGUGCUCUCUUCCUCCUACUCCUCUUCUGCUUCCUCCUCUACAUAUCAGAGACCUGCAACCAGUGGGAAGCGCCCGGGCUUCAUGGAGAGGACGCUGAUUCUCCUGGAUGUCAACACCCGCAGUCCGAUCAGAGUCCUCAACGACAACUUCCUCUCUCUGCAGCUGGACCCCUCGAUCAUCAAAGACGGCUGGCUGGACUUUCUGAGCUCCAAGCGGCUCGUGACCCUGGCGCGCGGCCUGUCUCCAGCCUUCCUGCGUUUCGGCGGGAAGCGGACCGACUUCCUGCAGUUCAACAACCAGAAGAACCUGGCCAAGUUCAGAGGGCCGGGGCCGGACUACUACCUGAAGAACUACGAAGACGAUAUAGUGCGCAGUGACAUUGCAUUAGACAAACAGAAUGGCUGCAAACUGGCCAACCACCCUGACAUCAUGCUGGAGCUGCAGCGGGAGAAGGCGGCCACCACACAGCUUGUCUUGCUGAAGGAGCAACUGUCCAACAUCUACAGCAACAUCACAAUAACAGCCAGGUCUUUAGACAAACUGUACAACUUUGCCGACUGCGCUGGUCUGCACCUGAUCCUUGGACUCAACGCGCUGCACAGAAACCCAGACAACUCCUGGAAUACUUCCUCCACCCUGAGCCUCCUCAAGUACGGCGCUGGCAAGAAGUACAACAUCUCAUGGGAGCUUGGCAAUGAGCCUAAUGCCUACCGCAGCAUGGUGGGUCGUGCGGUCAACAGCACCCAGUUAGCUCAGGACUACACCAAGCUGCGGACACUGCUGCAGUCUGUACGCUACUACCACCGAGCUCACCUCUACGGCCCCAAUGCAGGACGACCUCGAAAGAAUGCCAUCUUGCUGCUAGACGGGUUCAUGAAGAAUGCCGGCUCUGUUGUAGAUGCAGUUACGUGGCAACAUUACUUCAUGGAUGGCAGAGUGAACAAAGUGGAGGACUUCCUAAAAACUCGUCUGUUGGACACACUGACAGAGCAGAUCACUAAAGUCACCAAGGUUGUGAACACACAUACUCCCGGUAAGAAGGUGUGGCUGGGUGGACUAGGGCCGGCGUGGUCAGGAGGCAUCAGUAACCUUUCUGACACGUAUGCUGCUGGCUUUCUGUGGAUGAACACACUAGGAAUGGCUGCUAUGCAGGGGAUUGAUGUUGUCUUACGUCACUCUUUCUUUGACUACGGAUACACGCACCUGGUGGACCAGCACUUUAACCCUUUACCGGAUUACUGGUUCUCUUUGGUCUUCAAGCGUCUUGUUGGUCCGAGGGUUUUAGCUGUGCGGGUGGCUGGACUGCAGAGGAAGCCUCAACCGGGGCGAGUCAUACGAGACAAGCUACGCAUCUACGCCCACUGUACCAGCUACUACAAUCAUAACUAUGUGAGAGGGUCCAUAACAAUCUACAUCAUCAACCUGCAUCGGUCACGGAAGAAAAUCAAGUUGGCGGGGACGUUACGGAACAAUACCGUCCAUCAGUACCUACUGCAACCCUACGGCACUGACGGACUCAGAGCCAAAUACGUCCAGCUGAAUGGGGAGAAGCUGCUCAUGUUGGAUAAUGAGACGUUCCCGGAGCUGAAGCCUAAGACACUGAGGGCUGGACGGACAAUAGCCAUGCCUCCCAUGACCAUAGGCUUUUAUGUCAUCAAAAACAUUAAUGCAUACGCCUGCCGAAGAUAACACCAACCCUUUUAUUCCUGAAAUAUAGGAGAGAUGAUUAGAAGUCUACCAACCAAAAACUGUGUGGCUCCUCAUGGGGAAAACAGGGAGAGCAGAAAAUAACUUGAUUAGGAUUUUUGUCACUUCAGUGGAGUGGACACUUGGCUUGAAUGCCUUACAUUAUCUGGUAUAACAGCAGCCUCUUUAACCAUUAUUUUAGAUUAAUGGUAACAUUCAAACCACUCUACCAAAUUACAAAGACGUGCCCAAGACAUAUAAAAAGGGCUGCACUGAACACUUUUCAAAUCACAAAAUCACCUAAAUGUCUAAAAGGUCCACAUUAUUUGACUUGAUUAAGCUAUAUUUUCUUCUCUUGGAUUAUCAGACCGAGGGUUUGUUUUCUCUGCGUCUGUAGAGAGAGUUCUGUUUUUUUCUUUCACUGACCGACAGACAAAAAAGUAUGAGAGAAAACUGAACAGGCACCGUUUCUAAAGCAUACACAAGUCAGCCUCAGUUUGACUUGAUCCUUUCCACAAAGAAAAAAUGCUGUGGUGUGUGCAAGGUCAUGCCUGGACUUACCAAGUGUGGUGUUGUGUGUGUGUGUGUGUGUGUGUGUGUGUGUGUGCCACUGAUAAAGCUACUGAUGUGUCUGUCCAGUCUUAUUGACGUGCCUCUGAAAGUUUCUUGCCCUGCCAUAUCAAAUGGCUUAAAGGGAAUAAUCUGUUUCUUUUAACAGUUGUCUGACACAACUUUUAAUCAGUUUAAAUGCAGAGUACUUCUGCCAGAGUGUAUUGCGGGUGCUGUUUACAGCAAUGCAUAGCUCAAGAAAAAUGUGAACCAAUCCCCAACAUUUGUCCUCACAUAGACUGCAUCCAAAAAAAUCUGAAAAAUAACUUUAAAAUAACAGUUUUUUCAGGUGAAUUUGAAGCUAUCUCACUAACUUCAGUGUGAUUUCACAUUUUAUAAUCCUCUUAUGCUGCUAGGGUUUUUUUCUACUAAAUACACAUUAUAUAUUUGACAUAACUUUGUACAGAUUUACUGUCAUAUAUUAUUAGAUAAUGUAUUGUACAUAAGAGUGAUGAGAAUAAGUGAUUUAAGCUUGAUAUGUUUACUUACAUAAAGUAUAAACCUAAUUUAUAUGAUUUAAUACUUUGUUUUUUUACAUUUCUAUUAUAAAAGACUCAUGUCAUGUUACUGGUACCGAUGCCCCAACUCUUAAGAAAAGCCAGAAAUACUUUUAAAAAUGCAUUUAUGGGCAAACAGGGCAACUGAAUGACGCAGAUGCAAAUUAAGACUUUUUUUCUUUUUUUUUUUACACAAGAAAAGGAAUUGCCUUGUCAUGGUAUAUGAUUCAUAACCAAUGGAAUCACAUCUGCAAUUAUUCUAGUUUUAUUCUAUAAUAUUUUAACCAUCUUAUUUAAAGAUGGGCUUGCUAUUCUCUAGACUAAAACCACAAAGCAAGUAAAAGUGUUUGGUUGAAGUGAUUUGGCCAACUCUAAACUCUUAACAUGGUGGAAGAUCAACAGGAGCAGAUUCAGCUCCUGAACCUAUUAAAUGAAAUAUUUGUCCUCUGAAUGUGUUUAUAAUUCAUGUAGAGAUGUUCAUAUUUCUUUUUGAGAGCACUAUUUUGAUAUGUAAAGUGUGCCUAUAUAUUAUUUUUUGUUAAGAAAAAAGUUUACAUUGAUAAUAAACACCUACAAAUAAAAAGUUGUUUUUGUUCAGUGUGUUCAACGGUGAAACUGACAUA